UGACAAUACAUCGACGUGAGCAAAGUGAGGAUCGUGGCAAGUUUGAACACAUCGCAUUCCUGAAGCUUCUACCCUCUGCCAGAACCAAAGCCAAACUUCAAAUUCAUCAUGAAGUACCACCGUUUUACAUCUCCUUUACCUAUUCAAGGCCCAUAUGAACCUAGCUUCCGCCUCGAUACGCUUCCUCUCCGCCUUCAUCGCCGGUGUCUCGGUUCGCCUUGCCGGCCUCGCUCCCCUCGACGGUACGAGUGACCGUAGCAGCGAUGUAGUCGACCGCGCCGUCGAUGAAGACUUGAUCGACAUGGCGUCUUUUCCUGGCCUCACGUCCAUGCUUGGCUGGUGUAUGCUUUUCAUUGUUGAUGUCGCGAGAUGGCGUGGGGUUUGAGUCGCUGCGUGCCGCCGAUGAUCGGAGGUGUUGAAGCUACGCUCAGCUAUUAUGAUGGGUGCAGACUUCUGAGCUUCAAGAUGUGGUCGAGCCUGACGGUGAAGAUAUAUGACUUGGCUGUAUUGCUGAAGAUAC